AUGGCCGUCGCCCAACCUCGGCCGUAUCGGCGCAUUUUGACAUCAGCGCUGCACCGGCGGUUUGUUCAUGCAUCUGCAUUGGCUUUACUGGUUUGCUAUGGCAUAGCAAUUGCCAUUGGCAGCAAAACAUCAUUCUUCUGGUCAUGGUUUCCUAUCGGCUCUUGUGGUGUUCGCACCGUCCUUCUCUUCGUCACUUCUCUUUGCGUCUUCGUCCUUCGUGUCGGUCAAAUGCACCUCGGGUCAAGAACCACCCCAUCUUCUCUCAGCACAUUGCGAUAUCUCUUCCCUCUUCAAGUGGCGCAAACCUUUGCCUGGUAUCUUUUCUCGGCUUGGUGGUUUACUGAGAUUUACGUAUGGUCCUCUACAACCGGGGCUCACUUGGAAAUGGUGAAGCGCGGCAGACCACAUGAACGUCCGCACCUGAACGAACGACCCAUUUACAUUCAUACCUACCACUUAAUCCUAGCAUGCGUUCAAUCGGUGUUCCAUCUGUACUACGACUACGACAGUGUACCUAUUCCGGUUGUCAAGCGCGCGCAAAAUGCAGACGAUCAGCGAACACACCCCGUUCCCCCGACAUCGAAACAUAUCCAGAGUAUCUUGCCACAGAUGAUUAUCACCGGUCUUACGAGAAGUGCCAUCGUUGCAGGCGUCACUCCUGUGGUGUAUCAAUUGUUCCUUCGCCAAAGCGCAUGGAGCUGGUCGUUGUACUUCGCAAAGCUCUUCUGGAACUUUCCUCGCUCUGCCUCAGAACCCGACUCGUUCCUCCCUCCUGGAUUUCUGUUUUUGAUUGUUCGGUCUCUAUUCUCGGGCUCUAUGCUUGUUCUGUGCUGGCAAUCAACUAACCUCUUUUUCUCUGUUUUCAUUGGAAAGGAGCCCCUGAAGCGUGGGCAACCACUUACCAUGGAAGCUAAGGAUCCCAAUGGUAGUCUUCUUAACGGCCUCAAGGCAAAGAAACCCAUUGUGAAAGCAUUCGCUCUAUGGGAGCUCGGCCUCAUCAGCCAACGGCUUCCCGAGCGCCGUAAGGCUAUAUUCAACGAGAUCGACCGCGAUAACGGCACAACUUGGUCGCAGAUCUCGGAAUGCCUGUUAGAAGUUAUCAAGGACAUCACUGCGCGCAUUGAUGCGAGCAAGGCCCCUGCCCCUGUUCCUAAACAGUCAACCCCAGCUCCAGCUUUCCAGCCGACUCUUCAGACUCUGCCGAGAAUCACAGACGCUCCAAAGAGUGAAAAUGUAUUUGCUGCCUCCCCCAGGGCAAGCUCACGUCAAGACAAAUUCGGAGAGGCGUUUGGGGCCGCCGCCAAAUCGUAUGGCCAAUCGGCAGACUGGACACCUCAAGCACGAGCGCGCGCCCGUCAAGUUUUUGACCAAGCCUCAUCCGCUGUGCUUAGCCCUGAGCGUAAACAAAAACUCAUUGCUUCAUCUGAGGAGCUCAAGCUACUUGCUGCAGGGCCCCCGGCCACAUAUAAACCUGAAAAUGUUCACCCAGUUCUAGCACAGUUCCUUCGGUCACCCAUCGGCCAGCCUCUUCGUCAAUCCUAUGCUCGGCGCGCAACCAACAUUGUACUCGGUUCUCCUGACUCUUCUUUGACUGCAAUCGUCGAUGCGGUCGAUUCUCUGACUCGUCUCCUGGUUGCCAGUCUGGCGGAAGACCAGUACGGCAAGGUUCAAGCUGAUGUUCCAUCUGCUGUUCGUCUACUCACAGAUACGAUUGUCUCCCUAGAGGGAUUUGUUCAUCAAGGUGGAUUGGAUGCCCACUGGACUGAUGUCAAUUUCCCUCCUUCGAGUAAUCCUGCCGCUCAGGCAGAGGCCCGUCGCGUCCCAGAGAUCGAGCUUGUCUUGGAUACACUGAAGAGCGGCUUAACAGACCUGUUAUCCGCUUUCAAGCCAUACCUGCGAGCCAUUGGACUUUCAAGUAAGGACCUGAGGCUAGCCAAGGAGGCUGCUGGAGUUGAUGCGGAGGAAUAG